AUGAAACUUUUUUAGGGCAUUUCAUUGCCAAAAAACAUAUACUCUGAAUAAAAAGUUGGCAUAUUUUGUAAGAUUUAGACUGAAAUUAUAUUUAAAUUAUUAUCCAUUAAUAAGAAUGGCAUCGAAUAUUCAUCUACUUAAAUGCAUUAUAUAGACUUUUCACAAAUUUUAGUUGUUUCAUUCUAAUAAUAAAAUGAAGGACAACUCAUAACACAUUCUUCUAAACUAUAUGGGGCUAAAAUAUAUGACAUGUUAUUUUAGCAAGUGUCUUAUUUAAGCUAGCAUUUAUUUUAAGCUUAAUUAAGAGUCAAAUUCACAUCACACUCAAGGCAUAUUUAAUGUAUAUUACAUUUUGCACACCCAUGUACUUAACAUUUAACACAUUAUUAAUUUUCAUCAUUUAUUUCGCCUUUUUAGCAGCUUUAUUAGCAAGUAGAACUAUUUUAUGAACUCAUGAAGAAAUUUUUAUUGCAAGUAACACAAGAAUCCUAAUAGAUAUUGUAACAGCUUAAACAUUUACUUGAACAUUCAACGCACUGCUAUGCUAUGACAUCAUAUAUUUAAUUAGCUUUGCAUUUUUAUGCAAUUACUACUAAAUUUAAAUUUAAAAGAAGUAAAUAAGCAAUUCUCUACAUCUAAGGGUUUUCAAUUAAAGUUUCUAUCUUAUUUGAUUAAGAAUUUUGA